AUGUCAAUGCAGGUAUCUUUUCUUCCUCCCGCUGACGGUGCCAAGGCGUCUUUGCCGCCGGUGAAGCCGCCUAUGAAUUCUGCUGCACUCAAGCGAUUCCCCACACUACGGAAGAAUUCGUUCCUAUGCCAAUUACAAGACCAAGUUCAGUCGCACUUGGAAACUGAGUCUCAGCGUGAACGCCAGAAAGAAGUGAAAGAGAUUUAUCGCAUUUUACAGAAAGCCCCUGAAGUACGUGAAACGCAAGAAAUCGACACGUUAUACGACUGGGUGCUUAAGAACGGCAGCACCAACAAGAUCUUCCAAGGUGCUCAAGAGAUUAUCUGUAAAACUAUUUGUCGUGAGAUGACGUUGCUGGAAUUACCAACACAUGGUGUGGUAUGCUAUCAAGGAGACUAUGGCGACACGUUCUACAUCGUUAUAUCGGGCUCAGUAUCUCUCUUCAUCAAUGCAAAAUCCAAAUCAAAAACUGCGGCCGAUGAAGACAACAACGCUAAUACUUUAUCGACUGAUGAAGAGGACGUGAGGUUGAAGCCGGGUCAUUAUGGCGCGUUCAUCAAGCAUAUCACUGACGGUGGAACCUUCGGUGAGCUGGCUGUGAUGGACCCUACAGCACGACGGUCGUGUACCAUUACGUGUGAUGAACCUACAUCCUUUAUCUGCCUGAAGAGAGGAGCUUAUCAACGGCUUAUCCGAGUUACGAACUCCUCUCAGCUCGACUUUACGCAGAUCGAGUUUUUAGAGACCAUGUACUUCUUCGAAGGCUGGCCUCAUGGUGAACUCACUCGACUAUCCAACCGCUUGAAGCAAGUACACUACACAGCAGAUAGCUAUCUCACUCGAAUUGGCGCCGAGGCCAAUGUUGUGUUCUUCAUUUACGCUGGCUUGGUUCAGGAGACUGUUCCUAUGGUUCAGCUUUUAAACGAGAACGGAAGUAUCCAGCGUUGUGCAGAACUUGAAAGCAACCUGGCGAAACGGAGGAUGCAGGGGCUAGGAGGAAAAUGCAGUAACCAGCAGCGACGUCGCACUGAACUCGAGCUCAGUUUGUAUCAGGACCACGACAUUUGUGCUGAGUAUCCAGUCAUUUUCAAUAAGCCGACGUGCAGUACAGACUUGCUUGCUGUGACGGAUGUGAAGGCUCUCGCCAUGGACAGAGAAACUUGGAAGGAACUUUUUUACAUGCACGCACUGGAUCACAUUCGAGAAUCGUUUAGUAAAUUUCGCAAACUGGCUGAAGCUCGAGAGAAUUGGCGAAAGACGCGGGUAAAGCUGGCUCUUGCAAACCCUGGGUUGAUUCUCACUAUCUCUACUAAGGCUAUGAUGCAAGACGGGAAGUGCCUUUGUGGCUGGUGCGGAAAUCCAGAUCACACGACUGGAGACGCAUGUUGUCCAGGCCUCGUAGCGUCGAAGAAGAAGCAAGAAGACCGACAAAAAAGCGCGAAUGCGAAGAAAAACAAACUCAUGCCAAAGCUGCAGACUUCAACUGACAGCAUUCAUGCAUCAACCACGUCGCUGCAUUCCGUUGGAGAACCCUCUGUAAGCAAAAGAACAAUUGCGGUGCAUUCUAGGCCUGCUGCUGCGUAUGGACAAAUUCAACCAGAGCAACUGGUACAACCAGUACCUCCAAGUUUGUUAGCGCCACGAAGACAUCGAAGCCCAAGUAUCAAGAUCGCUGCUCAAAAUAUGUUGUCUCCUAUCGCCAACUCGAACCAAUCCGAAAAACUCGAAGCUGUCCCUGAAAACUCGCCCGAAGGAAGUCGGGUUAAUACCCCGAUCACCCCAAGAAAGCUCGCUGUUUCUGACUUUCCCAGACUUCACAAGGCAUCUAACAAUCUAUACGCAAGAUACGAAAACUCACCUGAAAGCAAACAAGAGCAGACGUUACCUGCCAUCAAGGUUGAAGACGUGCGUAAAGGAGCAUUUACCGAGAGUUUAGCUGGCCAAUACAAGCACGAAAUGGUGCGGAAGGUUAAACGGAUGGCCUCUAUGGAGCAAUACAUCGGAAUACGGACCAAAGUUCUUGGAAAUAUCACAGCAAAUCAACAAGAUGGUGACCAUGAGCACUGCCGACUUCCUCGAAAACCGAAGAUACCAAAGCCCAGAUGCCGGUCAGUGAACCCGAAGACGAAACAGCCACGACCUGAUCGAUUCAACAGGAAAAUCAAUCGCAUGAUGAGGAAGAUUUGGAAGAAAGAUCACCCGCUGCCGGUCGUCGAAGAGAGCUUGCGUGAUCCGUAGCAUCAUCGAGUUGUAUUUCACUGAUGAUUUUGUUAUGAUAACGCCUUGGAUGCUCUAGAGAUUGCGAUAAGCUCCUCGAGAAGAGGUUCUAGCUCAUCAAUUGGCAGCAUGGUAGCCGCGUCACAGAGAGCCUUCGUCGGAUCAAGAUGCGUCUCAAAGAAGAAGCCGUCAACGCCUACAGCAGCAGCCAUUCUCGCUAUAGUAGGGAUAAACUCGCGAUCACCUCCACUCGUUGUAGCGCCAGCGUGUGCUCCACUCGGUCGUUGAAUACUUCAGACACCAUAUUAGAUUUUGCUUUAUACCUCUACGAGGCCUAAACUGCGAGGUCUUACCUGUGGGUGACAUCCUGAACCACGAGUCCAUUCGACCGCCGCAGCUUCGGGAGAUUCCUUGCAUCCACCACCAAGUCACCGUAGCCAAACAUACUUCCACGCUCUGUCAGAAUAAAGUCUGUGCACAUACA